CUCCAGUGGUGAGUUGUCCGUCCGAUUUCUUCACCCCCUCCAUUUUUCCCAACCAGCAGCAGCUGCUCGACCUGCACAAUUUCGCUGGCAAACAUCCAUCCCACAUCUUUCUGCAAACCACUGCUCGACGCUGCCAUCGUCUUGCCGUCGCGUAUCGCUCGCUGUAUCUGACUCUUUGCUUUUCUAGCCGUCACAAUUUCUGGUCGAGGCUGAGCUUACGACAGACACUCUGAAGAGAGACAACCAAGUUAACUCAAAGCUGCCUGUGCGACUCAAGCUACGAACCAGCAGCUAACGUCGCAUCACCGCCAACCUACAAAGCUACCCUAGAGCGCUCUUUCACGAGCUGUCACUUUAUUUUUUCAUCGGUGCACAGCAUUUGGGCAUCCGGGCCAAUGACCCAAUAGUCUCAUCUUGCACUUCAACUCCCCACACUUUCUAUCUACCGAAACCAACAAGUCUAAACCAUGGCUUCCACCAAGGUGUCUACGACCAUUACAUUCCGGUCACCUGGCACUCAGCCGCCACUCUUCAUUGCUGGCUCUUUCUCUGAGCCAGAAUGGCAACCCCAGGAGAUGGUCUGCACCACUGGUGCUGACGGAGAGCAUGUCUUUACCAAGGAAAUCUCGGGCGAACCCGGAACCAAGGUGGUCUACAAGUUCCGCAUCGGCUUGGGCGAUUGGUGGGUCCUUGACGAAGGCGCGCCUACCGUCACGGACAGUUCUGGUUUCAGAAACAACGAGUUGGAGUUCCAACACCCGCCAAAGGAGGAACCCAAGCCCGACCUCCCCACGGACGAGGCGACCUCAGAGGAGAAUGCGCCUCAGACAAAUGGAACUACCCAACAUCAUGCGGAUGCUUCGGAGAUCAAGGAAGCUGUGAAGGCGGAGACUGCUCCCGAGGUUGAAGCUCCCCAAGAAAUCGACACUGCUACAAAGGUUACCGUGGUCUCCGAGACAAACAAUGACCCGCCGCACGAUGUUGUUCUCAAGGUUGAAGAGGAAACCAUUGUCGACAUCUCUGCCGCAAAGGAUACUUCCUCCAGUGAUGAUGUUGCCGUGAAGGACGACACUGCAGCAAAAGACGAGACCACGUCGGAGGCUCACACUGAAACCAAGGCUGAAGUCCCUUCAACUACUGAGGCUACCUUGAAGGAUGAAGCUCUCUCAGAUCAAGAGGACCAGACCAAGACAAAAGAUUCCACGGAGAGCAACGUUGCGCCCGUUGAAACUUCAUCCACUGAGACACCUUCCAAGGAGGAGGAGGCUACCCCAGAGGAGGCCAAGGUCGAGACAGCAACCGAGCCUGCCGUUGAAAAGGAAGAGUCUAAGCCCGAGGAGACUACCAUUGUAGACGCUGAGCACAAGAAGGAAGCUGAGGUCGACGCGGAAUUGCCCGUUGAGAAGACUGAUGUUCAGGAGGAGAGCACCUCGCAAGUUGAGACACGAGAGGAAGCCGCUCCAGCUGAGGAGGCUGUUUCCGUUGCUCCCGAGGCUGAAACCACCUCCGAGGCUGAGACAACCCUGAAGGAGGAUACUCUUGCCAAGGAAUCCGACUUGCAAGAGACCGCCGAGUCCAAGGAGGAGGUGAAUGAGAGUGAAGACCACCUCCCAGAAGAUGAGACCGUAUCGAAGGAGGAGGCCUCUCUGGCGGAAGUGGAGAAGGAGGACUCUGCACCCACUCAUGAGGCUAAAGUUCAGGAGGACACCUUGAAGACCACCGAGGAGCAGCCUUCGGAAGAGAAGCCUUUGGAAGAGAAGCCUGCUGAGGAGGAGACUGUUCACGAAGACACCAGUUCGGAAAAGGCCGCCGAAGAGAAGGCCACCAAGGAGACUUCGGAAGAGCCUGCCCACGAGGACGAUACCAGAGACAAGGCCACCCAGGAGGACACCGUUCACCAAGAUACCCAAACCGACGAUGAGGUCACUCAACAGACUACCCAGGAAGAUAUCACCCAACAGACAACCGCUGAGGAGUCUACUCAGCAGACGACCCAAGAGGAUGUCACUGAGGAUGCCCCUGAAGUUGCUGCUACCAAGGACGAAGUCGACGUGAAGGAUGACACCACUCCUCACGAGACCGAUCUCAAGGACGAGACUCAUCCAAUGGAGGCGUCCAAGGAGGAGGAGCCCACUCAGAAGGAGGAUGCGGAGGAACAUGCCGUUGAUGAGACUGCUCAAGAGGAACAGCCUACCAAGGAAUCUGCUCCCGAAGAGACAACAGCAACCGGUGAGGCCACUUCAGAGGAGGUUGCGCGGGAGAAGGCUGAUGAGGAUGAAACUCAUGCCAAGACCUACGCAGCUGUGGCUCACGAAGCUCUAGAAGCUGAGACUUCUCCAGAGGUUACUGAGGCUGCUCCGGAAGCUGAGGCUCCUCAGGCCGAGGAGACUGCUCCGGCGACCGAAGCUGCUCCUGCUGAAGAGACUUCUCCUGCUGUCGAUGUUGCUCCCGUUGAGAAGGCCGCCCCAGUCGAGGACGACGUUCCGGUUGAGAAGGCUACUUCUCUAUCUGAGGAGAAUGUUUCCGUCGAUGCAACCAACUCUGCUGAAGAAGCUGCUCCCUCUGAGAUCCCUGCUGAUGUCGUUGAAGAAGCCGCUCUUGCUGCCGAGGCUACCCCCGCCGAAGAGACUACUCCUGUCACUGAGGCUACCCGUGUUGAGGAGGCUGCGCCUGUUGAGGAGUCUACUCAUGCCUCUGAGGAUGCUCCUGUCAAGGAGGCUCCUCUGGAGGCCGCCCCUGUCUCUGAAGAGCUCCCUGCUGAAAAGGCCGCUUCUACCGAAGAAACUGCUCCUGCUCUUGAUGCUGCCCCUGCUGAGACCGCUGCAGUUGAGGAGGUAACUCCCGCCAAGGAGGCUGAACCCGUCCAGGCUACCUAUGCUGAGGUCGCCCAGGCGACCGAUGCUGAGGAGCCCGCCCAUGUUGAGAAGACUGAGCCUGUCGAGGAGGCUACUGUUGAUGAGACUGCACCUACUGAGGAGGCCGCUACUGUAGAAGAGGAGGCGGCCAACGUGCCCGCUGCGCAGUCCGAGCCUGUCGCUAAUGCGGCCAAGGAGAUCUUUGCCCGCUCCGAACCUGUUACCGAGUCGCAGUCCGGUGCUGCCACGCCGACCUUUGCCAGGACUGCGGCGGAAGUCGCUGAUUCUGCUGCACUCCUUGACGAAGGAACACCUGAGGAUCGUGUCUCCGAUGAAGAGGCUGGAAAGACUGGUUUCCGUCGCCUGUCUGCCACGCCCAUUACCGAAGUUGCGGACACUGCUGCGGAAGUCGCUGAUAGCGCGAAAUAUCUGGACAAUGAGGCCACGGAGACUGACAAGUCCGAAAUUCCUACACCCGCCGAGGACGGCUCCCAUAAUCCAGCUCUGUUCUCACAUGAGUGCGCCGGUAUGUACGGCGAAGAACCUUCGAUCACGAUUGUAUCCGAGGACAUGGACAAGGACAACGAGAUCCGAAAGGAAAUACCGUUUGACGAGGAGAAUAUCGAUAUUAACGAUCCCACCCUAGAACGCUUCCCAUCCAACCGCGACGAGAUCAUCGAUACUGUUCGGAAGCUUGAGACCGGUCUCGAGGAGGACCAGGUUAUUAUCGAGGACGCCCCAUCACCUAUCAUCGGCUCUUCGAAUUCACGAAGGGAAUCGGAAGUGUCUCACGACGCCGCUCUCGGAGCAAGCGUAAUUCCCCGCGCCGCGAAGAAGUUAGAAGUCCCCCAUUCACCUCGCGUCUCCGUCAGCUCGGCUCAGUCGUCGGCCUUAUCGCUGCAAUCGAUUUCGGAGAGCGAAGAACCGACCAACAGCAAAGAAGAGGAAACCCCGGCGGUUCAGCUUUCGCCUCCCCACAAGACCGCGGCGUCAAACGAAACUACAUCUAGGGAGGCUACACCUCGGGCGGUGGUUGAGGAUGAAGGAAUCUCGCUAAGCCCUGACUCGCCGAAGAAGACAGAGCACACCGAAGAUCUGACCACCAAGACGCUGGUGCCUCAAGCACUUGAUAUCCCUGAAGUCUCAGCACAUACUGUCUCGGUCGAGGCGCCUGUUGAACCUAUCGCCCAGGAAGAACAAGCACCUAAGGAUACCAAGCCCACGAAUGGCCUCCUUCCCAGCCCAGAGGUUGUCGCGGAAACCACCGAACGCUCGAAGCCAUCGCAACCCGAUGCUCAGCAGAGCACCGAUGAGCCCGUUGCCGCCCCAGAUGCUACCGGUGCUGAUGUCCGUAGCGAGGCCGAGGCAUCGGCCACAGCAACAGGCGCAGACACUGACAACGCCAACACGGUCAGAAAGAGAGGUGGACAGGGGACACAGGCCAGCUCGCCGCCGCCCAGCGAUGCUCCAGUCAUCAAGCAAGACCCCAAGAGCGGAUGGUUCACCACCUUCUGCAAGUUGAUCAUUGUGGACUUCAUCGGCGGUAUCCUGAGCCGAAUUGCGGGCAACCGCAAAAGACAGACGUAAGGCAUACACUGGGCUCAGACGAUAACCUUUCUUCAGAUUAUCGAUUGACUCUGUGUUGCUUUAGGCUGUUGGCAGCAGGCACCGCCGCCGUCGCCAUGGGGGUUGGAUGGUGGAGGAUCAAGGCCAAUGCAGCUAGAAGCGCUGCUAUUGAAUGAAUUAGCCAUGUGUUUUAUGCAGGGAGGUGUUAUUGGGUGCAUAUGGGUUACGAAGAACAUGAGACAUGGAUACAGUAUGCCAUUACCUAUGGUACUCGGAGUUCAAGUUGUGUUGGCAGAGACACGACAAGGCCUCUUGAGAUUGUUUUGGACGAAAAGAAAAACAAAGAAAAAAGAAAGAAAAGAAGAAGGAAGAGGACGACCUAGUACAUUGUUAAGUUUUGUUAUUCCCUAUAGUCAAUAUCCAUACAAUAAGUAGUACUCAGCUCCCGA